AUGACCGCUCCCUCACUCCGAUCUCAGGGCACAUCUAUUGCAUCUCUUGGACACUCGAGAAGGAAGUCAUUGGGAUUGUCUUUUAUGCUCAACAAGCAGACCGGUCCUGUUGAACCCGCCGCAGUGGUCGACCCAGCAGCUGCUCACUACCAAGACCCCGAAGCCCGAAUGAAGCUCCGCGCCUACCUGGCUUCCCCACAGAAGUUUGACGAGGCAUUAGAGUUUGGAUUCCCUUCCAGAGACGACGACGACAGAGACGACCGGAAGCCUAAACACGAUGACGAUGAAAUCGAUCCCAUGGAUCAGCUACGAUCUUUCUUGGACGAUGAUAAGUCAUCAACCUACAGUGAUAAUAGUACCGUGGAUGAUCUUGAAUCACCCAAGACGCCGCCCAUGCUGGACAAGCCUCUUCCAUUGCUCCCUGCUGGCGGGAAAUGUGGCGAUACCUUUAUGGUGAAGCCGCAAAUCAACCAGAGCGGAACCCACCGAGAGAUGACCCUUCGCAUGACGCUAACGAGGCCUGAUCUACGAGCGAAUGAGGAUGAUAUCUAUCGGUGGCAGCAGAGUGUGGAGGUGCGAAAGGCUCACAUGCGAGGCGAAAUCCUGGCACCCGUCUCACUCAACAAGAACCUCGAUGCAAAGGCUCGAAUUGAUAAAGAGCUCGCUGCUAUCGACCAAGAAAAUUAUAACCAAACAGAAGGCGGCAUGGUGAAACGCCUCUGGAAGCGCGUAAGACGGACAUAA